UUCAUGUUCAAUAUAGAGAAUUGUCAUGGAAUUUAACUGGUCCUCAUUCAUUUUGUUUCUUACACAAUUUUUAAUUCUUUUUAGACAGGAAAAAGAUAGUUCAGCCAAAUCAUUUGAUAUAGGUAAUGUUCAAAAUAUUCUUAAAAUAAUUUCUACAUUGGGAAAUGUUUGUAUCAUGUCUGAUCCAACUUUAUAAGUGUCAGUAUGUGAAUAUUCUUUACCUUCUUGAACAAUUUUUCCAGUUUAUUAAACUUUAUCUUCAAAUUUAUAUUUAUAUCUUUCUUGUAAAUCUCUUUAAUGCAUUCUCUUUUUUUUUUUUUCAUUUUCUGGCAUAGAAUGAAAGCAUGAAGAAUAUUUUGAAAUUUUGCAAAGUGUCUUUAUAUGCUUGUUUUCUGUGAUAAAAUUUUAUCAUCAUGUGAUCACAAAUUGUAUAGAUAUGAAAUUAUGACAGACUGUUGGAAUUUAGAACCAGGUAAACGCCCAGAUUUUAAGCGUCUUGGUGAGAGAAUAGGAAUGCUGCUAGAAGAAAGUACGCAACAGCAUUACAUGGAUUUAGACAAUCCCUAUUCAAACGAAAAUCAAGAGUUACAGAGUGAUGAAAGUCAGAGUGACAUAAAGAUUACUGAAAUUAUUGAUAACAGUGAAUCCACUUGUACAAAUGUGAAUAACAAUCCCGAUAAAGAUAAUUCGAAACGUGAAAAUAAGGUACAUUAUGAUACUGUUAAAUGUAUAAAACCUGUAAGUGGUGAUAUAGUGAUAACGCCCAUGGAAACUGUUCCAAUGAUACAUUUAGAGAAAGAAAAUAAUGAAGUAGGUGAAAAUCCAGAGGUAGAUGAAGUUCAAAGUUCUAAUGAAAACAUUGAAAAUUCAGAUAAUUCGAAAGAAAAUUAACUUAGAUUAAACGAUUAUCAGUGCCAAGUUUCAUGUUGUAAUUGUCUUUCGCAUCAAUGUAUGAUAAUUUAGAAUAAACAUUUCAU